GGCACUUCCGCGUAGCCGGGCGGCGGGUACUUGCGUUGAAACGUGACUGCGAGUGACCCCACCUUAAAGGGGAGGGAACCGAAGGGGACCCGAGCCCUUUAAGACUAGGCGGGCUGGGGCCUGCCCCUUUAAGGCGGGGCGUCCGACCGCAGAAUCUGAGCCCCAGAUUACCUUGAGUUUCCGUCACGGGCAGCGAGGAGAGGCUCUUAGGCUGGGUCCGGGUGCUUGGCGGGCGGCGGCGGCCUCAUCCCCGCUCGUCCUCCCCGGGCCCGGAGACACCCCCGUCCCAGUCAUGCUGAGCAGAGUAUGGAAGCAGCUGACUACGAAGUGCUAUCCGUGCGAGAGCAGCUGUUCCACGACAGAGUCCGCGAGUGCAUCAUCUCAAUACUUCUGUUUGCAACACUCUACAUCCUCUGCCAUAUCUUCCUGACCCGCUUCAAGAAGCCUGCUGAGUUCACCACAGUGGAUGAUGAAGAUGCCACAGUUAACAAGAUUGCACUGGAGCUGUGCACCUUUACCCUGGCGGUCGCCCUGGGCGCCGUCUUACUCUUGCCGUUCUCCAUCAUCAGCAACGAGGUGCUGCUCUCGUUGCCGCGCAACUACUACAUCCAGUGGCUCAACGGCUCCCUCAUCCAUGGUCUUUGGAACCUCGUCUUCCUCUUCUCCAAUCUGUCCCUCGUCUUCCUUAUGCCCUUUGCAUAUUUCUUCACAGAGUCUGAAGGCUUUGCUGGCUCCAGAAAGGGCGUCCUGGGCCGGGUCUACGAGACAGUGGUGAUGUUGAUACUCCUCACUCUGCUUGUGCUGGGCAUGGUGUGGGUGGCAUCUGCCAUUGUAGACAAUGACAAGGCCAGCAGGGAGUCACUCUAUGACUUCUGGGAGUACUACCUCCCCUAUCUCUAUUCCUGUAUCUCCUUCCUCGGAGUCCUGCUGCUCCUGGUGUGCACUCCACUAGGUCUCGCCCGCAUGUUCUCCGUCACUGGGAAGUUGCUGGUCAAGCCCCGGCUACUGGAAGACCUGGAGGAACAGCUGAACUGCUCAGCCUUUGAGGAGGCAGCUCUGACUCGAAGAAUCUGCAAUCCCACGUCCUGCUGGCUGCCGCUGGACAUGGAGCUGCUGCAUAGACAGGUCCUGGCUCUGCAGGCACAGAGGGUCCUCUUGGAAAAGCGGCGGAAAGCGUCAGCCUGGCAGCGGAACCUGGGCUACCCUCUGGCCAUGCUGUGCUUGCUGGUGUUGACGGGCCUGUCUGUGCUCAUUGUGGCCGUCCACAUCCUGGAGCUGCUCAUUGACGAGGCUGCCAUGCCACGGGGCAUGCAGGAUGCCGCCCUGGGCCAGGUCUCCUUCUCCAAAUUGGGAUCCUUUGGCGCCAUCAUCCAGGUCGUGCUGAUCUUUUACCUGAUGGUGUCCUCAGUGGUGGGUUUCUACAGCUCUCCACUCUUCGGAAGCCUGAGACCUAGGUGGCACGACACAUCUAUGACACAGAUAAUCGGAAACUGUGUCUGCCUCCUGGUCCUCAGCUCAGCACUCCCUGUCUUCUCUAGAACCCUUGGGCUGACACGGUUUGACCUGCUGGGUGACUUUGGACGCUUCAACUGGUUAGGCAAUUUCUACAUCGUAUUCCUCUACAAUGCAGCCUUUGCCGGCCUCACCACACUCUGCCUGGUGAAGACCUUCACUGCAGCUGUGAGGGCAGAACUGAUUCGAGCCUUUGGGCUGGACAGACUGCCACUGCCUGUCUCCGGUUUCCCUCGGGCUUCUAGGAAGAAACAGCAUCAAUGAGCUCCAGCUGAGGGUUGAGAAGGAGAAAACUGGGCACUGCCCAGGUCUGGAGGAGAGCCCUAGGUGGCUGGACCUCGGGACCUGGAAUCUGAGAGAGUGGGUGACAGAGGGGACAGACCGUCUGUACUGUUGCUUAAUCUGAGCCAGAGUUUGGGACCCGACCGGCCUCCUGCCUUUUCAGAUGUAGCUGUGGCCUGAGCAUCCAGUGGAGCUGGGGGACUCGCUCUAGUUCCUGGUCCCAAAUACGUUUACACAUCUAUCUGCCUCAAUCCUGUUCCAGGCCAUGCCUGAAGCCAUGUUUACAUGAUUUGAUGUGCAAUAGGGUGGGUGGGAGUUGGGAGACUGGGCCAGGGGUAGGUUCUGGACACAGGUCGUCUUCCUUGCCUCUGGCCUCGAGGAGCCGAAGCACUGUGCUGUCCUGUGGAGGCUUUGGACCGCUGGAGAGACCAAGGGUGCGGGGGGGGGGGGCUGCACCCAUCAGCAAUAAAGUUGAUCCCAGGGUUUUCUUGGUUCUUUU